AUGGGGAUACUCCGCGCCGUCCGGGAGUUGAUGACCCCGGCUGCAAGUCCACGCGUGCAGAUCCUCUCCGACCUCCACCUCGAAGUCGGACAGCAGUACUCAUCCUACACCUUCCCCGCCACGGCGCCCUUCCUGCUUCUAGGCGGCGACAUCGGCCGGCUCAUCGACUACGACGCCUACCUCCAAUUCCUCGGCGCGCAGGUCUCGCGCUACAAGAAAGUCUUCCUCGUGCUAGGCAACCACGAGGCUCACUGGGACGACCCUGACUCUGGCCUGACGGUCGUCGGAUGCACCCUCUGGUCGGCCAUCCCCGAGGACGUCUACGAGGUCGUGCGCGCCAAGGUCAGCGACUUCAAGAAGAUACCGGGCUGGACGCCUCAAAGGCAUAAUCAGGUCCACGCCGAGGAGGUGGCGUGGCUUCGCGAGCGAGUCGCGAGCAUCGCGGCCGCGGAUGAUGGCCGAGGACGGCGGCUUUUGGUAGCGACACAUCAUGCACCCUGCGUAGAAGGCAGCUCGUCGCCGGCGCAUGCCAGCAACCCGUGGACCCCUGCCUUUGCGACCGACAUCAUCCAGGAAGGAGAGUGGGAGGGCGUCAAGGCGUGGGCCUUCGGUCACACGCACUACUCGACGACUUUCAUGCGGAACGGGAUCAAGCUGAUAGCGAACCAGAGAGGCUACGUCCUGCCUGGCAGCGCUGCACAAAAGGACGGAGACAAGAAAAGGAAGGGCGCCCACGAAUUUGACGCCCAUAGGUUCAUUACUGUAUAG